CUUUGCUGCCUUACCUGGUCAGACCGGUACCCGAGCUUUCACUCUGUGUUUUUGCCUUUUGCUAUUUUUGGAAAGGUUUUUGGAUAGUUUUGUUUUAAAGUAAAUUGAACCGUUUCACUUUUUACUCUGUGUCUGACUCUGAGCUCUGAAUCUUAAGUCCUGAAAUCCAGUUGAUUGGAACACAGGGCACCUGACUCCUGUCUGCAGUUCACUCGUCACUUGUCCUGCGUACACCACCAGAAUGCCUCUGCAGUUUGAGCUGUGUCCCGGCAGGAUGAUCGGGGGCUCCCAUCCCUGCUUCAUCAUAGCUGAGAUUGGACAAAACCACCAGGGAGACAUUGAAAUUGCAAAGAAAAUGAUCAAGAUGGCAAAGGACUGUGGUGCUGACUGUGCUAAGUUCCAGAAAAGUGAAUUGGAUCACAAAUUCAGCAAGCGAGCCUUGGAGCGCCCCUACAAAUCUAUUCACUCCUGGGGCAAAACCUACGGGGAGCACAAGCGUCACUUGGAGUUCAGCCACGACCAGUACAAGGAGCUGAAGAAGCAUGCAAAAGAAAUUGGCAUCUUCUUCACAGCCUCUGGCAUGGAUGAGAUGGCUGUGGAGUUCCUCGAUGAGCUGGACGUCCCUUUCUUCAAAGUUGCCUCCUGCGAUGCAAACAACUUCCCCUAUCUGGAGAAAACUGCCAAAAAAGGACGUCCCAUGGUGGUGUCCACCGGGAUGCAGUCCAUGGAGACGGUGCGUCGCGUCUACCAGACAGUGAAGGAGCAUAACCAGAACUUCACCAUUCUGCAGUGCACCAGCGCCUACCCUCUGGACCCUAAAGACGUCAACCUCAGUGUGAUCCGGGAAUACCAGAGGGAAUUUCCAGAUGUUCCCAUCGGAUAUUCUGGACAUGAGCAGGGGCUCUACAUCACUUUGGCCGCGGUGGCGAUGGGAGCAAAGGUCGUGGAACGCCACGUGACCCUGGAUAAGACCUGGAAGGGAAAUGACCACGAGGCAUCCCUGGAGCCAUCGGAGCUGAAAGAGCUGGUCCAAGCCAUUCGACUGCUGGAGAUGGCGAUGGGAUCACCCACCAAGCAAAUGUUACCCUGUGAGAAGAACUGCCACGAUAAGUUGGGUAAGUCGUUGGUGGCCAAGGUGGCCAUCCCCAAAGGCACCGCAUUGAGCCUGGACAUGUUUGCGGUGAAGGUCGGCGAGCCAAAGGGCAUCUCCCCUGAGACCAUGCAGCAGCUGGUGGGCAAGAAGCUCAACGUGGCCGUGGAGGAGGACGACAGCAUCUUGGCCAACAUGAUAGAGUAAAGGAUACGCAGGAUCCGGUUGAGGGAGAAAGAGGCAGACAAACAGAAAGGGAAACGGAAUGAUAGAGCAAGGUACAUGAGAAGAAUAUGGAUAGGGUGUGUUGUGUGUCUACAGGAAGAGAUACAGUCAAUGGAGAGAUCCAGAGGGAAGAAGAAAGACAAGCAGAGGAUCAUGUCGGGGUGAAAGAGAAAGAGGUGGGAUAUAUAGAGAGAGAAGUGCAGCUAGAGAAAAGUUAAAACAGGGUGAACAGAUCUGAUCAGAUAUUAAAGUUACCACAUGAUGCUGAUAGUUGAACCAAAGAGGGUGUUGCUGUGAGAUGUAAUUACAAGCAGACAGUAAUUACAGGGUGUGGUGCAUGGUUUGCGUUGUGCACCACAACUAUUUAACUGAAGUUCAAAUAGUCACUCCACCAGCCCUGUCAAGAACUGAGAAAUCCACCAUGUCAGUAUUUCUCAUGUGUGGUGUGAACAUCAUCUGUACAUGGAAUGAUCUGUCCCUGCCCAUUUUUACCCAGCUGUACAUCUAAAAAGGGAUGAGGUUAUGUGCAGUACGUAUUUGUGGAGGAUGUUCAAGAUUAAUGGUGUUGGGUUUUCUUUUGCAACUUCAGUUAGUUUGCAUAGAUGCCGCAUGUGACCCUUCAAUAGUAACCAGUGCUUCUGUUCUAUUAAUCUUGCAAAUAAAGAUGGUCCUGCAAAUAAAAAAACAUAUUGAGAAUAAAAUGGUCCUGCAGAUAAAAUAAAUACUGCAAAUAAAGAUGAAUCUUGUAAAUAAAAA